CGUGCUGGGGUGUCGUUAAACAUUCAUUCAUUCAUUCAUUCAUUCAUUCAUUAUUUUAAAAGUAAGAUGCCUACCGGUCGACUACUAUAUAAUGUUUCAGUGGGCCGUGAUACUGCAAAGCAAACAUGUAUGACAUUGCAAGUUUAUUCGAGGACAACGUACAGCUCUAAAGUUUAUAUUUAGAUCCAAUAUUUGUCUCUUUGUAUCUACAGUAUUUUAUAUUUUACCAACUCAUUCUGUAUGGCUCAUGUUUGUUCUGUAUGGUUCGUUUUUCAUUGCACUAUAUAAUUCAUCUUUGAGUUUAAAAGUGUAGAUCUGUCUGAUUAUAUCAUCUAAUGACUAAAUAAUUAAGUGUUUACAACAGAGAGCUCGAACACCUGUAUACUAAGAGAAGCUAAGUACUGGAUCUAACAACACUGCUUGCUGCAAAAUAAAAACUGUGUGACGUACAAUACAAAUCUCGCCACACACACUGAUGGCCGUGGUUUUAGACAAGACGCAGCUACCCGAACUGCUAGAUGGUUUGGAGAAAUCGUUACCUAGAUCUUUAAAGGUGCAUGGCGAUCUUAAGGCACUACUAUCGGGGCAAUGGCCGGGUAUAGAUUUCGUCGUAGACCGGUGGCCUGACUUCAGUGUGGUCAUUACCAAAUACGAUCCAACCAAAACGAAGUGUCAGUAUAUCAACCACUGGUGCAGUAUUUUCUGUCAGGAUGAAAACGCUUUUAAGAUGUUGUUGGAACAACCUAUUGCUGUGGAUUGGUCUCGACGAAUUAUGUUUGACGCUGUUGACUUGCCCUUGUUGGACAUCCUAAAAGAGACGAUCAAACGUAUUGGAUCACGUAUUUGCUUUGAGGCCUCCACUCAAAUGCUGCAAGUUACCGCAGAUUCGUUGGUAGUUGUACCAGUUCCUGAACAUCUGAAUAUGAAAUCGUUAGAGUCUCGUAAUGAGGUGGUAGAAACCAUCGCAGCCAACUGGCCAUAUUCAGAACCCGGCGUUGAAGAGUUCAUCAGGCAAAUGAUAGACACUUUCCCCUCUCGGUGUCUGGUGGACAAGGAAGAUAACCUCAUCGGCUACGCCAUAGGGGAGUCGUGGAUGUUGGGCAUGUUGUUUGUUAAACCGGAGUACAGGGGACGAGGGUAUGGCAAGGUGAUCAUGUCUCAGCUGGCGAGUGUAUACGUCAGAAGCGGAGACAGCCCUGUUGUUUGUAUUGUACUUGAUAAUCCCGUGUCAAUAAAAAUGCACGAACAAAUCGGAUUCAAAGUGAUUCCAGGUGUUACACCAUCAUGGAUGCGUUCUGAACCAGUAAACUAGAUUUUGGACUUGUUGUGCGUGUUGACUGAUGACUAGAUAACCAUGUAUACAAACAGUUUCACGUUUAUCUUAUACACAUAAACAGAUGGACCUUAGUGACCGUAUUGGUUUGUUCAAUGUUCAAUUGAAUAUAUAUAUAUACAGUUUGUAUAUAUAUAAAAGCAAAAACAGAAUGUUUGUGGUUUCCAGAAAUUAUCAACUGCUUGGCUAAGAAGUAAAAACUAUUUUUAUGCAAGCUACACUAUAGUAAAGAAAGCAAAAUAAAUUACUUUGUAUUC